UAAUUAUAACAGAAUAAUUAGAUUAACAGUGGGAAUGUUUGAUUUGUUUCACUUUUAUUUAUUUGUUUAUUUAUUUAGUAGCUAAUAGUUAAAAUAUUUUAUGAGGUUUAUUUAGAAAUUGACUUAAACACCCUGAGAACUAGUGACAACAUACUCUGGUUGUUCCUAUCUAAAGUUUUAACUAGUGUUCUAUUGUUUCAUUUCAAACCAAACAAACUUACAUUUCUUAAAAAUUGCUUUUAGUUGAUCAUAAAGACAUGUUUUAACAUUUUCAGCAAUCUUAACUGAGGCGCUUGCUCACUCCUUUACAUCAGGUGGCGCUGUAAACAACGUGAUCAUAUGAACAUCGACACGUCACGUGUCCACGUGUGAGAAACCCGGGUAUUUUAGAGCUCCAUUGCUUCAACCCUGCUUCACCCACGCAACUAAUAAUCACUAAAUGGAGUUUUUAGAGGAGAAUGUGAGAAUCCCGUUCGAGCAGAAGGAGCUGGACGGUGUGUUGACGGUCCCUGCUGACGUCAGCGCGGGACAGUGCACAGCUGUGGUGUUGACUCACGGCGCGGGGGGAGACAUGCGCACCAAACAGCUGGAGAGCCUCGCGCACGCUCUCGCCCGCGCAGGCAUUCUGUGUCUGCGAUUCACCUGCAGGCCGCCGAACCUUCUAUACAGAAUCAGAGCGUAUAGCGCCGUUGUAGAGUACUUAAAGACCCAUGAGAGAUAUGCACCAAACAGCCUUUUCUUGGGAGGUCGCUCGAUGGGUUCGCGUACAGCUGUUGCUGUGUGUAAACGUAUGUGUGACAGAGAGAAGGAUGCAGUCCAAGGUGUUCUGUGUUUGUCAUUCCCACUGAAUGUACCAGGAAAACCACAAACAUAUGUUGAGCGGAGCCAUGGCCUGUGUGCACUGUCCCAAACUUCUGUGCUGUUUGUUUCUGGCACUGCAGAUAACAUGUGUCAACAGAAUCUUCUACAAAAUGUUAUGCAUGUCAUGAAAAGCCGUUCUGCUGUUCACUGGGUAAAGGAUGCAAACCAUGGACUCACAGUACGUGGCAGAACAGAAGAAUCAGUACUGGAGGAAGUCAAUUCACAGAUUAUUGCAUGGGUACUACAACACAAAUGAAAUGCAUCUUUAUAAAUAGAUAGAUAUAGUUAUUACUGUUUGGAUGAAAGAAGAUGGCGAUCUGUUGACCCCUUACCCUCUGUUUAUAGUUACCGUAUGUUAACUG